GGGGGCCGGCGGCGAGGACAGCCGUCUCUGCCUCGGGGAAGGAGGGGAUGAGAGCUGGGGGGAGCAGCGCGACGAGGAGGAGGCGGCGGCGGCGGCCGGCGAGGAGCCCGCGCUGGGUUCUGCGGUAGGACUCUCGGGAGCCACCAUCAUGGUGAAGAGGAAGAGCUCCGAGGGCCAGGAGCAGGACGGCGGCCGCGGCAUCCCGCUGCCCAUCCAGACCUUCCUGUGGCGGCAAACCAGUGCAUUUUUGAGGCCUAAGCUGGGGAAGCAAUAUGAAGCCUCUUGUGUGUCCUUUGAACGGGUGUUGGUAGAAAACAAACUUCAUGGCCUCUCCCCGGCCCUCUCGGAAGCCAUCCAGAGCAUUUCCAGAUGGGAGCUGGUGCAGGCCGCCCUCCCUCAUGUUCUUCACUGCACUGCAACCCUGCUGUCAAACAGGAACAAACUAGGCCACCAGGAUAAGCUGGGUGUUGCUGAGACAAAACUCCUUCAUACUCUGCACUGGAUGCUUCUAGAGGCCCCACAGGACUGCAACAGUGAUCAGUUUGGGGGUACAGACCGAGGUUCCAGCUGGGGUGGCGGCAGCAGUGCUUUCAUCCACCAGAUUGAAAAUCAGGGUUCUCCGGGGCAGCCUUGCCGAAGGAGCUCCAACGAUGAGGAGGAGGGCAACAGAAGGAAGAUAUUCCAGAAUUCCAUGGCUACGGUGGAGCUCUUUGUGUUUCUGUUUGCUCCUCUUGUGCACCGGAUAAAGGAAUCUGACCUCACCUUCCGACUGGCCAGUGGGCUGGUUAUCUGGCAGCCUAUGUGGGAGCACAGACAGCCAGAAGUCUCUGGCUUUACAGCCCUGGUGAAGCCCAUCAGGAGCAUCAUUACAGCCAAGAGAAGCUCUCCUGUCAACAGUCAGAGUCAAACCUGUGAAUCACCAAAUCAAGACACAAAACAGCAAGGCGAGGGACGUCAGGUGGCCAGUGAAGCACUGCAGUCUGAUUCCAUCUCACCCAAGGCCACCAUCUCAGGCUGCCACCAAGGAAACUCGUUUGAUGGAAGCCUGUCCUCCCAAACUUCCCAGGAAAGAGGCCCAUCGCAUUCAAGGGCCUCUCUUGUGAUACCACCAUGCCAGAGGUCCCGCUAUGCCACCUACUUCGAUGUUGCUGUUCUCCGCUGCCUUCUCCAGCCCCACUGGUCUGAGGAAGGCACUCAGUGGUCCCUGAUGUACUAUCUACAAAGGCUGCGACACAUGCUGGAAGAGAAGCCAGAAAAGACCCCAGAACCAGAUAUCCCUCUCCUGCCCAGGCCCAGAAGUAGCUCAAUGGUGGCAGCGGCUCCCUCGCUAGUGAACACCCAUAAGACCCAAGAUCUCACCAUGAAGUGUAAUGAAGAAGAAAAAUCUCUAAGCCCUGAGGCUUUUUCCAAGGUUUCACUGACCAAUCUUCGAAGAUCUGCGGUCCCAGAUCUGUCUUCAGACCUGGGCAUGAACAUCUUUAAGAAGUUCAAAAGUCGCAAAGAAGACCGAGAGAGGAAAGGCUCUAUUCCAUUUCACCACACGGGGAAGAGGCGCCCUAGAAGAAUGGGUGUACCAUUCCUGCUGCACGAGGACCACCUAGAUGUCUCACCCACCAGAAGCACAUUCUCAUUUGGAAGUUUCUCUGGACUUGGAGAAGACAGGAGAGGCAUCGAAAAGGGAGGCUGGCAAACCACCAUCUUAGGGAAACUGACCCGGCGGGGCAGCUCAGAUGCAGCCACUGAAAUGGAAAGUCUGAGUGCCCGGCCCUCGCACUCCCACCACACGCUGGUGAGCGACCUCCCAGACCACUCCAACAGUCACGGAGAAAACACUGUCAAGGAAGUGCGAUCACAGAUCUCCACCAUCACAGUUGCCACCUUCAACACCACGCUGGCAUCCUUCAAUGUCGGCUAUGCGGACUUUUUCAGUGAGCAUAUGCGGAAACUCUGCAGCCAAGUGCCUAUCCCAGAGAUGCCGCACGAACCCCUGGCAUGCGCAAACUUGCCCCGAAGCCUCACAGAUUCCUGCAUUAACUACAGCUACCUGGAGGACACAGAGCACAUUGAUGGGACCAACAACUUUGUCCAUAAGAACGGCAUGCUGGAUCUUUCUGUGGUUCUGAAGGCUGUUUAUCUUGUUCUUAACCAUGACAUCAGUUCUCGCAUCUGUGAUGUGGCACUAAACAUUGUGGAAUGUUUGCUUCAACUUGGUGUAGUUCCCUGUGUAGAGAAAAAUCGGAAGAAAAGUGAAAACAAAGAAAACGACACUGUGGAAAAGAGACCAAGCGAGGGGACUUUCCAGUUCAAAGGCGUGUCUUCAAGUUCCACCAGUGGGUUUGGGGCCCCUUCUGCUAGUGGAGCUGGAGAUGGUGGAGCAGGAGAAGGAGGAGGUGGAGAUGGAGGAGGCGGAGGUGGCGGAAAUGGAGGAGGAGGUGGAGGAGGUGGAGGUGGUCCUUAUGAGAAGAAUGAGAAGAACCAAGAGAAGGAUGAAAAUACACCUGUAAGCAACCAUAGGCUUGCCCUCACUAUGCUCAUCAAAAUUGUCAAGUCUUUGGGAUGUGCCUAUGGUUGUGGAGAAGGACACCGGGGGCUCUCCGGAGAUCGUCUGAGACACCAGGUAUUCCGAGAGAAUGCCCAGAACUGCCUCACUAAGCUAUACAAGCUAGAUAAGAUGCAGUUCCGACAAACCAUGAGGGACUAUGUGAACAAGGACUCCCUCAAUAAUGUGGUGGACUUCUUGCAUGCUUUGCUAGGAUUUUGUAUGGAGCCAGUCACUGACAACAAGGCUGGAUUUGGAAAUAACUUCACCACAGUGGACAACAAAUCCACAGCCCAAAAUGUGGAGGGCAUUAUCGUUGGUGCCAUGUUCAAGUCCCUCAUCACACGCUGUGCCUCAACCACACACGAGCUACACAGCCCUGAGAAUCUGGGACUGUACUGUGACAUCCGCCAGCUGGUCCAGUUUAUCAAAGAAGCUCACGGGAACGUCUUCAGGAGAGUGGCGCUUAGCGCUCUGCUUGACAGCGCUGAAAAGUUAGCGCCAGGGAAAAAAGUGGAGGAAAAUGGACAGGAGUCUAAGCCUGCAGGUGGUAAAAGGUCGGAGGCAGGAAGCAUCGCAGAUAAGGGCCAGGUGUCCUCUGCACCUGAGGAAUGUCGAAGCUUCAUGUCUGGUCGCCCCUCGCAGACACCUGAACAUGAUGAACAAAUGCAAGGGGGCAAUCUGGGACGGAAAGAUUUCUGGCGCAAGAUGUUCAAAUCCCAAAGUGCAGCAAGUGACACCAGCAGCCAGUCUGAGCAGGAUACUUCAGAAUGUACCACAGCCCACUCAGGGAACACCUCGGACCGGCGUGCUCGUUCACGGUCGCGCAGAAUCUCCCUGAGGAAGAAGUUGAAACUCCCCAUAGGUAAAAGAAACUGGCUGAAGCGCUCCUCCCUCUCUGGCCUGGCGGAUGGUGUCGAGGACCUCCUGGACAUUAGCUCUGUAGAUCGCCUGUCUUUCAUCAGGCAAAGUUCCAAGGUCAAGUUCACCAGUGCUGUCAAGCUUUCUGAAGGUGGGCCAGGGAGUGGGAUGGAGAAUGGCCGAGAAGAGGAGGAGAAUUUCUUCAAGCGUCUUGGUUGCCACAGUUUCGACGACCAUCUUUCUCCCAACCAAGAUGGUGGAAAAAGCAAAAACGUGGUGAAUCUGGGAGCAAUCCGGCAAGGCAUGAAACGUUUUCAAUUUCUGCUCAACUGCUGUGAGCCAGGGACAAUUCCUGAUGCAUCCAUCCUAGCCGCUGCCUUGGACCUAGAAGCCCCUGUGGUGGCCAGAGCAGCUCUGUUCCUGGAAUGUGCCCGUUUUGUUCACCGGUGUAACCGGGGCAACUGGCCAGAGUGGAUGAAAGGCCACCAUGUGAACAUCACCAAGAAAGGCCUUUCCCGGGGCAGGUCUCCCAUCGUGGGCAACAAGCGGAACCAGAAGCUGCAGUGGAAUGCUGCCAAGCUCUUCUACCAGUGGGGAGAUGCAAUUGGCAUCCGGUUGAACGAGCUGUGCCAUGGGGAGAGUGAGAGCCCCGCUAACCUGCUCGGCCUGAUCUAUGACGAGGAGACCAAGAGAAGGCUGCGAAAGGAGGAUGAGGAGGAAGACUUUUUAGAUGACAGUACUGUGAACCCCUCUAAAUGUGGCUGUCCCUUUGCCUUGAAGAUGGCAGCUUGCCAGCUUCUCCUGGAGAUAACCACCUUCCUAAGGGAGACCUUUUCUUGCCUGCCUAGACCUCGCACUGAGCCUCUAGCGGACUUGGAGAGCUGCAGGCUCCGUCUGGAUCCCGAGUUGGACCGGCACAGAUAUGAGAGGAAGAUCAGCUUCGCAGGAGUUCUGGAUGAAAAUGAAGACUCCAAAGAUUCUCUCCACAGCAGCAGCCACACCCUCAAGUCGGAUGCAGGUGCUGAGGAGAAGAAAGUUCCCAGCAGGAAGAUCAGGAUAGGAGGUUCUCGCCUGCUCCAGAUUAAAGGAACCCGCAGUUUCCAGGUGAAGAAGGGGGGUUCCUUGUCCAGCAUCCGCCGAGUCGGCAGCUUAAAGAGCAGCAAGUUAUCACGGCAGGACUCAGAGUCUGAGGCUGAGGAGCUGCAGCUGUCCCAGAGCAGGGACACUGUCACUGACCUAGAAGGGAGCCCUUGGAGUGCCAGUGAACCCAGCAUUGAGCCUGAGGGAAUGAGCACUGCCGGCACAGAGGAGAAUUACCACAGAAACAUGUCAUGGCUUCAUGUCAUGAUCUUACUAUGCAACCAACAAAGUUUCAUUUGUACCCAUGUGGACUACUGCCACCCCCACUGCUACCUGCACCACAGCCGCUCCUGUGCCCGGCUCGUCAGGGCCAUUAAACUGCUGUACGGGGACAGUGUGGACUCCCUGCGUGAGAGCAACAACGUCAGCAAUGUGGCUUUGAGGGGCAAGAAACAGAAGGAGUGCUCAGAUAAGUCCUGCCUAAGGACUCCUUCACUGAAGAAGAGGGUUCCAGAUGUCAACCUGGAAGGGAAAAAGGACUCUGGAAUGCUGAAGUACAUCAGGCUUCAGGUGAUGAGCUUGUCACCUGCUCCCUUGUCUCUGCUAAUCAAGGCAGCUCCAAUCCUGACAGAGGAGAUGUAUGGAGACAUCCAGCCCGCUGCCUGGGAACUGCUGCUCAGCAUGGACGAGCACAUGGCAGGGGCAGCAGCUGCCAUGUUCCUGUUGUGUGCGGUGAAGGUACCGGAAGCUGUUUCAGACAUGCUGAUGUCCGAGUUCCACCAUGCAGAAACUGUACAGAGACUGAAUGCUGUCCUCAAGUUCCACACGCUCUGGAGAUUUCGCUAUCAGGUCUGGCCAAGGAUGGAGGAGGGAGCCCAGCAGAUUUUUAAGAUCCCGCCUCCCAGUAUAAACUUCACCUUGCCCUCGCCAGUACUUGGAAUGCCAUCUGUCCCAAUGUUUGACCCUCCAUGGGUCCCUCAGUGCAGCGGGAGUGUCCAGGACCCUAUUAAUGAAGACCAGUCCAAAUCCUUCUCUGCCCGGGCUGUGUCCCGCUCUCAUCAGAGGGCAGAGCACAUCUUAAAGAACUUGCAGCAGGAAGAAGAGAAGAAACGUCUGGGUCGUGAAGCCAGCCUGAUUACUGCCAUUCCCAUCACCCAAGAGGCUUGCUAUGAGCCCACCUGCACGCCCAACUCAGAGCCUGAGGAAGAAGUAGAAGAAGUCGCCAAUCUGACAUCCCGACGGCUGUCUGUGAGUCCAUCCUGCACCUCCAGUACAUCACACCGGAAUUACUCCUUCCGCAGAGGGUCAGUCUGGUCUGUACGCUCAGCAGUCAGUGCUGAAGAUGAGGAACACACCACUGAACACACACCAAACCACCAUGUGCCUCAGCCUCCGCAAGCAGUAUUCCCAGCAUGCAUCUGUGCAGCAGUCCUUCCCAUCGUUCACUUAAUGGAGGAUGGAGAGGUGCGAGAAGAUGGAGUGGCAGUCAGUGCUGUGGCCCAGCAAGUCUUGUGGAACUGUUUAAUUGAAGAUCCAUCGACAGUUCUUCGACAUUUCCUGGAAAAACUGACUAUCAGCAAUAGACAAGAUGAGCUAAUGUACAUGCUGCGCAAACUUCUCUUAAAUAUCGGAGACUUUCCAGCUCAGACAUCACACAUCCUAUUCAAUUACUUGGUGGGACUAAUCAUGUACUUCGUGCGGACCCCGUGUGAGUGGGGGAUGGACGCCAUCUCUGCCACACUGACCUUCCUGUGGGAGGUAGUCGGGUAUGUGGAGGGCCUCUUCUUCAAGGAUCUCAAGCAGACGAUGAAGAAAGAGCAGUGUGAGGUGAAGCUCCUGGUUACUGCUUCAAUGCCAGGUACCAAAACCCUGGUGGUUCAUGGACAGAAUGAAUGUGACAUUCCAACCCAGUUGCCCGUCCAUGAAGACACUCAGUUUGAAGCUCUGCUGAAGGAGUGUCUAGAGUUUUUCAACAUCCCAGAAUCCCAGUCAACACAUUACUUCCUCAUGGAUAAACGAUGGAACCUCAUCCACUACAACAAGACCUAUGUUCGAGAUAUUUAUCCCUUCCGGAGGUCCGUAUCUCCACAGCUGAACCUUGUGCAUAUGCAUCCGGAAAGGGGGCAGGAGCUCAUUCAGAAACAGGUGUUUACCAGGAAGCUGGAGGAGGUGGGGCGAGUGCUGUUUCUCAUCUCCCUCACCCAGAAGAUCCCCACAGCGCACAAGCAGUCACAUGUCUCCAUGCUGCAGGAGGAUCUUCUCCGGCUGCCCUCCUUCCCCCGGAGUGCAAUAGAUGCUGAGUUUUCGCUCUUUAGCGACCCUCAAGCUGGGAAGGAACUGUUUGGCCUCGACACCCUUCAGAAAAGCCUGUGGAUCCAGCUCCUGGAGGAAAUGUUCCUGGGCAUGCCUAGCGAGUUUCCCUGGGGAGACGAAAUCAUGCUUUUUCUCAACGUGUUUAAUGGGGCUCUGAUUCUCCACCCCGAAGACAGUGCUCUGCUCAGGCAGUAUGCCGCCACUGUCAUCAACACAGCUGUGCACUUCAAUCACCUCUUCUCUCUCAGCGGCUACCAGUGGGUUCUCCCCACCAUGCUGCAGGUAUAUUCUGACUAUGAGAGCAACCCUCAGCUGCGUCGAGCCAUCGAGUUUGCCUGCCGCCAGUUCUACAUUCUCCACCGGAAGCCCUUUGUGCUCCAGCUGUUCGCCAGUGUGGCCCCUCUCCUGGAGUUUCCGGAUGCUGCCACCAACACCGGGUCCAGCAAAGGAGUGUCAGCUCAGUGUCUGUUUGACUUGCUGCAGUCCCUGGAGGGAGAAACCACAGAUAUUUUGGACAUUCUAGAGCUGGUUAAGGCUGAGAAGCCCCUUAAGUCACUAGACUUUUGCUAUGGAAAUGAAGACCUGACUUUCUCCAUCAGCGAAGCCAUCAAACUCUGUGUCACGGUGGUGGCUUACGCUCCUGAGUCAUUCAGAAGCCUUCAGAUGCUCAUGGUCUUGGAGGCAUUGGUUCCAUGUUACCUACAGAAGAUGAAGAGGCAGACUUCACAGGUCGAGACCGUGCCUGCUGCCCGAGAGGAGAUUGCUGCCACAGCUGCUCUGGCUACAUCCCUACAAGCCCUUUUGUACAGUGUGGAAGUCCUCACCAGGCCGAUGACAGCCCCACAGAUGAGCAGGAGUGAUCAAGGUCACAAGGGGACAACCACAGCCAAUCACACCAUGUCAUCUGGAGUGAACACCAGGGAAAACCUUCACUUACUGGAGGAAGGGCAAGGCCUUCCCAGAGAAGAGCUAGAUGAACGAAUUGCUCGAGAAGAAUUCAGAAGGCCCCGGGAAUCUCUGCUGAAUAUUUGCACAGAAUUUUACAAGCACUGUGGGCCAAGGCUGAAGAUUCUGCAGAAUCUGGCUGGGGAGCCCCGGGUAACUGCCCUGGAGCUGCUGGAUGUGAAGUCCCACAUGAGGCUGGCAGAAAUUGCACACUCCCUUCUGAAGCUGGCACCGUAUGACACCCAGACAAUGGAGAGCCGAGGCCUUCGGCGCUAUAUCAUGGAGAUGCUACCUAUUACUGACUGGUCAGCAGAGCCAGUGAGGCCAGCCCUUAUCCUCAUUCUAAAGAGACUGGAUAGAAUGUUUAACAAAAUCCACAAGAUGCCUACCCUGAGGCGACAGGUUGAGUGGGAGCCUGCCAGCACUUUGAUUGAAGGGGUUUGUUUGACACUUCAGAGGCAGCCAAUCAUAUCCUUCCUGCCUCAUCUUAGGUCACUGAUCAAUGUCUGUGUCAAUCUGGUGAUGGGAGUGGUAGGACCUUCCAGUGUGGCUGAUGGAUUACCCCUUCUUCAUCUCAGCCCUUAUCUCUCACCACCUCUGCCCUUCAGCACAGCUGUUGUCCGGCUUGUAGCAUUGCAGAUACAGGCUUUAAAAGAAGAUUUCCCUUUAAGCCAUGUGAUCUCCCCAUUCACCAAUCAAGAGCGAAGGGAAGGGAUGCUUUUAAAUCUGCUCAUCCCAUUUGUGCUCACAGUAGGAUCUGGAAGCAAAGAUAGCCCAUGGCUGGAGCAGCCCGAGGUACAGCUAUUGCUGCAGACUGUCAUCAACGUGCUCCUGCCCCCUCGGAUCAUCAGCACAUCGAGGAGCAAGAACUUCAUGCUGGAGAGCUCCCCAGCCCACUGCUCUACUCCUGGGGAUGCAGGCAAAGACUUGCGCAAGGAAGGGCUGGCUGAGUCCACCAGCCAGGCAGCAUACUUAGCCCUAAAGGUUAUUCUCGUCUGCUUUGAGAGGCAGCUGGGAAGCCAGUGGUACUGGCUGAGCCUGCAGGUGAAGGAGAUGGCUCUGCGGAAGGUGGGCGGCCUGGCCCUGUGGGAUUUCCUCGACUUCAUCGUGCGCACCCGGAUACCCAUCUUCGUACUCUUGCGCCCUUUCAUCCAAUGCAAGCUACUGGCCCAACCGGCAGAGAACCAUGAAGAACUUUCUGCCCGGCAACAUAUCUCUGACCAGUUAGAGCGGCGCUUCAUCCCCCGCCCUUUAUGCAAGAGCUCGCUCAUUGCAGAGUUCAACAGUGAACUGAAAAUUCUGAAAGAGGCAGUCCACAGUGGCUCAGCCUACCAAGGAAAGACAUCCAUCAGUACUGUGGGCACGUCCACCUCUGCCUACCGCCUGAGUCUGGCUACCAUGUCCCGCUCCAACACAGGCACAGGCACUGUCUGGGAGCAGGACAGUGAACCAUCCCAACAGGCUUCUCAAGACACCUUGAGUCGGACUGACGAGGAGGACGAGGAAAAUGACUCUGUGAGCAUGCCCAGUGUGGUAAGUGAACAGGAAGCUAGUCUCCUGAGUGCCCUUGGAAGGAGGCGGUUCUCCAGCCACGUCUCCAGCAUGUCUGCACCUCAGGCUGAGGUGGGCAUGUUACCCAGCCAAAGUGAACCUAAUGUCCUCGAUGACUCCCAGGGCCUGGCCGCCGAGGGCAGCCUCUCUAGGGUGGCAAGUGUACAGAGUGAACCUGGCCAGCAGAACCUCCUCCUGCAGCAGCCACUGGGGAGGAAAAGGGGCCUGAGGCAGCUAAGACGCCCUCUCCUGUCAAGGCAGAAGACUCAAACUGAACCCAGAAACCGCCACGGGGCUCGACUGUCCACCACUCGCAGGAGCAUCCAACCUAAAACAAAGCCAUCUGUUGAUCAGAAGCGAUCUGUGACCUUCAUUGAGGCUCAGUCAGAGCCAACAGCUGCCCCAACAGACAUACUUCCUGCCACAGGCCAACCACAGGGCUGCAGCCCAGGGCCAUCCAGGAAGCCGGAAGGAACUGACAAACCAGUGCUCACAUCCUCGCCAGCCAUUGUUGUUGCAGACCUUCACAGCGUGUCUCCCAAGCAGAGUGAGCCCCUUUUUGCUGAAGAAGAAGAACAAAAGGAGAAUACAGAAGUACAAGGUGCUGCGGUACACAGUCCCCUCUCUACUCAACUCUCAGACCCUGAUGACUUCACUGGCCUUGAGACAUCCAGCCUCCUGCAGCAUGGAGAUACUGUCCUUCACAUCAGUGAGGAAAAUGGCAUGGAGAACCCCCUGCUGUCCAGCCAGUUCACUUUCACUCCUCCUGAGCUGGGGGAGAAAGAUACAGCACCAGACAAGUCCCAUGUUUAGGUCUCUGUCGCAGGGCAGUGCACAGGAGACUGCUGACAGCAGAAUGCUUUUGAUGGGAUGGGUUAAUUCCAAAACAGCACUUUAUAGCCAGUGCGUGGCAUUAAGUCUGAGUAGAUUUUGCUGUCAAAGCUCUUUAUGUGUCAUAACCACCUUAAAAAUCAAUAGCUAAAAGUCAGUCGUGUGAAGAUCAUAAAAACAGAGGAUUGGGGAAAAGGGCCAUUCCAAUGCACAUUAUGAACACCUUGCUUUGAGCAAUUAAGAAUAUUUACUAUUACAGACAGUUGAGAAUAUAUACUAUUACAGACAGUUGAGAGUAUAUACCAUUACAGACAGUUAAGAAUAUAUAUACUAUUCAGACAGUUGAGAAUAUAUACUAUUACAGACAGUUGAGAAUAUAUACUAUUACAGACAGUUGAGAAUAUAUAUUAUUACAGACAGUUGAGAGUAUAUACUGUUGCUUCCCUCAUAAGAUCACUGACUAUAUGUUCUAAAGAGGAAUGCAAUCUUUUAAGAUACUCACAUUAUACAUUUCCUGAAAAUGUUUAUUUUUGUAGUUUCAAAAAUUUUACAUUAUGUGGCUAUAUGCAUUGCAGCUCACAUAAAAAUAACCAACAAGAAAAAUAAUUAGAUUGGAGACACUAAAUUACAAACCUGGCAGUUAUUUUUGUUUUGGUAAACAAUAUAUCUAGAAAUUAAAGGAACAAAACACUAUUUUUUAGAGCUGUGGACUUUUCAAAAUUUAUUUUUAACUGUCAUUUUCACUAAAUGCUAUAAAUCAAAAUUCUAAUGCCACAGACCAUUUCAUAUCACAUUAGACAGAAUAUUCUAGGAAUUCUCAGAUAUGAUUCUGAAUUAAUAACAUAGACAGCUAUAUUAUUAUAAAAAGCUAAAUAUAAAUAGCAUUGCUUGAAAGAGAUGGCAUUCCUACUUCUAGCCUCAACUACAUACAGCAGUGUCUAAAUUGGAUCUAUUGGGAAAGGGAAUUAUAUUCCUUUACAGUCCUUGUGCCUGCCCCUGAGGGCAUAUUUUCAUACAAUAAAGUUAAGUUGUUAGAAUUAGAUCGGAAAAUAAUUUUUCUCAGUAGUCAAAUAUUCUAUGAUCCUUAAGAGAUCUCAGUUAAUGAGGAAAAAUACAGAGUAAUCAAUUUCUUCAUAGACUCAGACAGCUUGUAUAUAUCACAAAUAGGGCUUUAACUUGAAGUGCAGUUACUUCAAAAAAUAAAAUAAAAAUUGGAAGGCUUGUGAGGCCAGUACUUAGUAGAUUAUUAAAGGGCUGGGCAUCGUGCAGUUCAUAAAUGGUCUUCAAAAGUUUAGCAGUUUACAUUAGAGAAAUGUUACAUAACUACUAAGCAUUGAAAGAAGUACAUACCUACACUGGUAUGGUUGUGUGUGUGUGUGUGUGUGUGUGUGUGUGUGUGUGUGUGUUAGUCUUCAAACAGAGUUUGAUUGUGUGGAGAUGAGUUUAAAAUAUAUUCUAUAUGCUCAAAUGUUGACUAUGUUGGCUAUGAAAUGUACAUGUAUAAAAAGAGGAGACCUAUCAAUCCAACAGUCAUAAAGGAAAAUGAUUUUUACGUUAGAAUUGUUUAUUAAAUAAGCAUAGUUUAUAUUGUGAUUUAUAAAAUCAAAUAUAUUUUGGGACUAUGGCCCCAUUCACAAGGAUGAUAAAGUUAUCUAUAAAUGAAUUAGAAUAAAAUUUAAAAUCCCCCAGUUGAGAAAAUCAAGGUGAUAUCACCUCCGGAAAUAAGUGUGGGAAAUCAAGGAGAUAAAUGGACCUUUUUACGUGCUCUAACAUCUUCACAUCGUUUAUACUUAAUGCUGAGUUCAUCCCUAAGUGCAGACGCCAACAUGCAAGUGGUUUUCUGGUUCUAAACCGAUGUAUUUUGCCUGUUAAAAACGAUGCUGCUCAAUCAGCAUUAGAGGCCUUACGUCUGGUAUGUACACGUGUCUGAGUUAUGUGCGUCUAUGUGCUUUGUUCCGGUUUUGGGAUUCUUGAGUCAAAAAUCUCUAUAAUCAUGUCAGAUAUUUAAGAAGUGUAGGGGUCAAUGAAUUGUUAAAUACUCAGUAAUAACCCUAAAUACCUUUAUAUAUUUCAAUUGUGCUGGGCUGUUUGAGAAAUGAUUUUACUGGUCUGUCUAUCUUUUAACCUGACUCCUUCUCUGUCAUGUAUGGAAGUCUGUUAGAAAUUUUUUAAUAAGCUAAGUAGUGUUUUAUCUUGAAAACACAAAAAGACUUGUCCACUCUGAGGAAUAGGGACUGGCAGACUGGAAGUGCUCUCUCUUGUGUUGGGCUUAUGUGUGCAUCUAUACCAUUUAUGGUGUCCUUAAACGUGUUGAAUGUAAUGUGUUGAAUGUUUAUGUGUGGUGACUAAAAUAUCUAUAUGUAUGUGCAUAAGACUGUCACAAGAUGUAUUCUCAGGAAUACUAUUACCUGGAGUUUGAAGGAACAACUUAAAAAAAACAGUUAGGGAAGAGAAGAAAUAAGUUUGAGUUAAUUGACAAUCUUUACAAUAUUCAAAAUGUGACUAAGCACUAAUUAUCACUUAUGAUCAAUAUAAUAUUAGUAAAAUAGAUUUAUUUCUUAAAUUAUGCUGCUUAAUCAUAUUUAUUUCAUUCAGAGGAAAGAUAAAACAGGCACUCACUUUCGGCAGGUAUUUAAAAAAUGACAUUCAAUGAAGAUUGGUCCUUUGGAAAGUGACUUUAUAGAGAGAUGUUGGAAUAAAAAUAUAUCAUCCAUGAUAGUGGGUAGAGAUGUAUACUAUUCAGAUUAAAGCAAUUUAAAUCCUGGAUACAGAUUCUUCUAGAACAAACUCUUUAUUUUCAUUUUCAGCAUUCACUGCUUUCUAUAACUCUAUUAAAUUACUUGAUUCUUCUGACAAUGAAAGUGAGUUACUGAGUGCCUUGGGAUAAGUCAUUGAGAGCUACAGUGUCAAAGGGCACAACUGGGCACAAGGCAGUGCUGGAGGCAAAAGUUGGUUUGCAUUGAGCCUCCAUGAGUAACUUAAGCCAAGAUGGCAUCUCUCUUUUAACCUCUGGGGUUUUUUUAGUCAGUUGAAAAAAUUUCUCCAUUUUGCUGCCCACCUCCUAGAGCUCCUGAGGAAAUAAGAGUGUGCGUACAGAGAUCUAUAGGGAAGAAAGGCUUGUAGAAUUAUAGUCUAAAACACGAAUAAAUACACAGGAUACUUUACUAGAGUCCCACUGUUCCUCUGUGACCUCACACUUCCAAUUCAUGGCCUUGUGUCUUGGCAGUGAGUAAAAUGUCCCACUCCCUCACUUAGUUUUGUGGGUCUCAACUGCAGCAUUUCAGAAGCAAACUCUGAUUUGACACUCAGGAGAAUAAAAAGUUGAGGGCAGAAUGUACUUGGAAAAGUUUAUGAUAAAUUUACUUAUAUUAUUUAAGGAUCAUUUAGGAUCAUAAAUCUAUGUACCUCCAUAAUAUUUUAAUAGUCACUGUGACCAUGGGAUUAAAGUCCUUUAUUAGCCAUUUUUGUAGGUAAAAACAAAGGAUUGACUACACAGCCAACUUCCCUCAGAUAACUAUAAGGUCUGUUAGGAAUACUGAAUGACCAAAGAGCAUGGAAAAAUGCAUAUGAAUAAAUACUGAGAUGUUUAUGAAAGAUAUUUAUGAAAGCUAUUGACUUCUGUGUUUGAAUAUGCACAUAUAAUAAAAUAAUUCU